UUUCGUAUUUAUAUUACACACUUUCCUUGGUUGCUAAAAUCUCCGACUAUGUUGAACACACCAGCGUCGUCCUCCAUAUAAUUUUUCGCAUAUUCCCAAAAAGCCCUCAGAUUCUCUCCAAAUUUCCAGUACCGGACCCCGGUGCUGAUCGCCGCCGCACAAUCCUCGGGGCUUCCUCUCUUUCUCUCUCCGGGAAAUGGCGUCAUCGGUGACCUCCGACCACGAAGAGGAGCAGUCGCUGUUGCGAGAUUCCGGCAAUGUCGACGGCUCGUGGCGGUUGAACUUCGAGAGCUUCCAGGUGUCCUCGGAGCACAAGGAGAAGCCACCGCGGGCGGCCUUCCACGACUGUCUUGGAGUUAAAGGCCCGGAGGAUGAUGUGGCAGAGUAUUAUCAACAGCAGGUAGAAAUGCUUGAGGGCUUUAAUGAAAUGGAUGCCUUAGCGGAGCGGGGUUUUAUUCCUGGAAUGUCAAAGGAAGAGCGGGACAAUUUGGCUAAAAGUGAGACCUUUGCCAUCAGAAUAUCAAAUGUUGCAAACAUGGCUCUUUUUGCAGCUAAAGUUUAUGCGUCUUACAGAAGUGGCUCAUUAGCCAUUAUUGCAUCCACACUGGACUCAUUGCUUGAUCUUUUGUCUGGCUUCAUCCUGUGGUUUACUGCAUUCUCCAUGCAAACCCCGAACCCUUAUCAGUAUCCUAUUGGGAAGAGACGUAUGCAGCCGUUGGGAAUCCUUGUUUUUGCUUCUGUCAUGGCAACACUGGGACUGCAGAUCAUCUUAGAGUCUAUGCGCACCCUGAUUUCAGAUGAGGACGUGUUCAGCUUGACCAAAGAUCAAGAGCAAUGGGUUGUGGGUAUUAUGCUCAGUGUCACUUUGGUGAAAUUGCUUCUGAUGCUUUAUUGCCGCACUUUCACCAACGAAAUUGUUAAAGCCUAUGCCCAAGAUCAUUUCUUUGAUGUUAUCACGAACAUCAUUGGUCUGGUUGCUGUGCUCCUUGCUAAUUACUUUGAUGAUUGGAUGGACCCUGUUGGAGCUAUCAUUCUGGCCUUGUACACCAUUCGCACCUGGUCAAUGACUGUCUUGGAAAAUGUGAAUUCCCUAGUUGGAAAAUCAGCUGCUCCAGAAUACCUACAAAAACUGACAUACCUUUGCUGGAACCAUCACAAGGCGAUACGCCAUAUCGACACAGUCCGUGCAUACACCUUUGGCUCACACUACUUUGUCGAGGUUGACAUCGUCCUGCCAGCAACCAUGCCCUUACAAGAGGCUCAUGACAUAGGGGAAGCGCUGCAGGAGAAGCUGGAGCUGCUGCCUGAGAUCGAGCGUGCCUUUGUCCAUCUAGACUAUGAAUUCAGUCACAAGCCCGAGCAUGCACAAUCACACUCUUAGAAAGACGGAAUGUAUAUCAUCAUUCUGAUCGAUCGAUCAUUCUGUGCAUCAACUUGAAUGCUAAAGUUGAUUCUGAAUGGUAGGCACUAGGCAAUAUCAAAACUGGAAAUGUACAUGUAGAUAUUUUGUUGUCAAGGACAGGUUGGAUUCUGGUAACACUGGGUAACUAAGAUGCCUAUGAAUGCUGGUCCGUGCAUCUUGUAGCAAGACAUAGCUAUUAAUUUAAAUGAUUACCGCAUCUUUUUAGCACA